AUUUACAUUUUGUGAAACUAAACUGUAGGAACUUGAAAAACCUGUUUGUGCUCAAACAACAGCCGCCUCUGUUUAUUUCUUUUUUCUCAUUUUCAUUUUAUAGCUUGAAAAAACUGCUAGCCCUUCAAACUGAAAGACAACCCAUCAGAGUUUUCAAUCAUUUAUAUCUCAUUUCUUCAGCCGGAAAGGUGUUUUUGUCUGAAUCAGGAAUUCGGUCUGACUCAUUUUCUGAAAUAAUUUAUCACAAGAUUAAAUAUCAUGGAUUGGUACUUUGGGAGUGGCACGGAUGAUCUUGUUGUCCCAAAGGAUAGGGGAUUAUCGGAUAGGCUUCCUUCACCUGAUAGUUGGUCAACAUGGGGAAUAUGUCCACCUGAAAGCUUUCCAUCGCCUAACAAAUGCAUAGAUUUUGAUCAUAAAUUCACUAGAGAAGAUACCAGCUUCAAUGGUAUUGGUUUAUGUGAUCAAGUUGAGAUGGAAGAUUCUACUCAUGAUAAAUACCAGUCUAGUAGUUCAAGCGGAUGUGGAGGACUGUCUGAUGAAUCUCGUCAGCGGAACAUAUUUUCAUGCAACCGGCCUGAUUAUCAGCUUGACGACCUUGCUGGACUUGAUCAGAUGGAUGACAUUUUCUUGAAUUCUUUACUUGAAGAUCUUCCGGGAGCUGAAAAUCCAAAUGAAUCAUUUUACUCUCCUGAAUCCCCAUGUGACAUGAUGGAAUGUGAUGAUCUUGAGAAAGAGAUGAAUUUGGAUUCACAAAGUUUUACAAGCAGUGUACACAGCGCAGGAAGCUCAAGGUAUCUGAAAACACAUGCCUUCUCUCCCUCAGUGGGUUUGGAGAAAGAAGAUCCCAAUGCCUCAGAGAUCAAUGCAACCAAUUCAAACCGAAAAGAUUGCCCACAAAUGAAGGCACUGCCGAAAAAAGUCUUGGUCCCUUCUGGGCAGAACAGCAUGAAUGGACAUAUCAAUGGGGAUAAAUCAGUUGAAGAAUCUGUUCUGCAAGAACUCAAAACGGUGAUGACACAGUUAACAGAAACGACACGCAUUUGCGUUCGAGAUUCUUUAUACCGCCUUGCAAAGAGCUCGAAACAACAACAUAGCACAGCACAUAGCCAGGAUGAAGACCUCAAAACGGAAAUUCCCUCUUCAUGGACAGCUCAUGCAGAAACGACAAGGUCUGGGACAAAGAAAACCAAAGAAUCGGAGACCAACACUAUUGACAGAGCCAUUGCAAACCUCAUGUUCAAUAAGUUAGAUUUUCCUGUACAAGAUCUCUCUCUUACUGCAUCGUCAAGCUCCGAUAACAAAAUCAUGGGAUCAAUGGAGCCACUGGAUUGCAAGCCCUACAAGUCGCAAGUCCAUCAUUCAAAUUCUCACCUAGCUCAACCAAAGGAUGCUGAAGUUCCUGUCCUUGGCCGGCAGCAGGAUCAAUACACAAUGGUGAACAUGGAAACUGGUUUCUCAAUAAAAGUUGCAGAAAAUAACAAGUCUUCUGUACUGGAUUUUGGGUCCAUAGCUGGGUAAAUGGGAUUUUUGAAAAGGCCAUUAGAAGAGUGACACAACAGUUGCCUUCUAAAUAUUUUCAUUCUGUAUAUACCCUUUUAAUCAUACACACGACCAAAGGCUUAACUACUUGCUCCAUCUCGUUCUGUUCAGUUUUAACUACUUGAUCUAUACGUUCUGUUCAGUUUUGAUCUGCCUGUAAAUGAUCGUGAUGAUUGAAGAACUUUUUGACAGAUAUAGUUUUUCAUGUUAAGGGAAGUUAGCAUUAGCAAUUUCAUAUAUGUUCUAUAAAAUAUGUAGGAGGAAAUGGAACAUAUUCUCUGUAUACUGUUCAUUUUUGUUGCUAUAUUAAUAUUUUGUAUUAUUCAGAUAA